CUGGACGACUUCCUGGCUGAAUACGAGCGAAGAUUUGGCAAGGUUUUGGACCUGAAGAAAGUGGCGUGCGAUUUGCCGGAUCUCGUGGAGCUCUUGGAUGCUCUCCAGGAUCAAGAUGAUGUGAACAACAAUGAUGAUAAUAACAAUGAGCCUGGAGAGGAGAUGCUCAAUAGUGCGGGUGCUAGAAGCAUUCGCUUGGUUCCUUUGCAGCUUUGCGUUGCUCGGAUCACGGAAUUGAUCAAGGAGCACGACAAGUUGUAUUGUUCGGAUUUGGAAGCAUUGUUUGCGGAAAAGUACAAGACGGCGCUCUCACCGGGUCAGUAUGGAUAUCCAAAUAUCAAGAACCUCCUGGAAUCUGGCUUGUCCAAGCAUUUCACCAUUCGUGGCCGAGGCUCACGGAAAGUGAUCUGUGUGGCCAAGGAGAUGCCCGAGAAGAGCCAAGAUUCUUCCACCAUGUCGUCGUACUUCAACUCUGCGCCCAUGCCACAUUUCCGCCGGGAUGGCGAUUCCUCCAACCAACAUCAUUCUCGUCAUGGUUCAUCUCGAACAGAUCGAGGAGUUGUUGGCAAUGAUAACUUCCAUGGAUUGUCCCUCAAUCGAGCUCCCAUGGGACUGGAAG